CAAGAGAAGAUCCAGACAUUUCCUCUAGCUUUAAAUUCUUCCCCAUAUAUAAUUAAUUAGUUUGAUCAAAACCCUAGCUAGCUAUCUCUUCCAAAAUGAAGCCCUUCUUCCUCCUGGCCAGCCUCUUGCUUUUCACCCUUUCCCUCAGUUUUCCAAAUCUCCAAGCUCUCUUCACCGUCUUUGCCGUCUUCCCUUUGAUCGUGAACCUAUGGCUGGUUCCGGGAGGCUUUGCUUGGCGAAACCAUUAUCUGAAAAACUUUCCAAAGCUUCCCGGUCCAAUUGGGUGGCCGUUCUUGGGCAGCAUUCCUGUAAUGGGCUCGCUGGCCCACAGGAAACUGGCCGCCAUGGCGGCCGCGCACAGUGCAAACCGGCUCAUGGCGUUCAGUCUCGGCGCCACUCGGGCGAUCGUCAGUAGCCACCCGGACACUGCCAAGGAAAUCCUAUGUGGGUCCUCGUUUUCGGACCGUCCCAUAAAGGAAUCCGCCCGCUUGCUCAUGUUCGAACGUGCCAUUGGGUUCGCUCCCUCCGGCGACUACUGGCGCAGUCUCCGGCGGAUUGCCGCCACCCACAUGUUCUCUCCCAGGAGAAUCUCGGGUCUGGAGGGCCUCCGGUGCAGGGUCGCUGACGAAAUGGCGGCGGGGGUGAGGAAGGAGAUGGAAGAGAGAGGGUUUGUGAAAAUCAGGGGGAUACUGCAAAAGGGUUCUUUGAGUAAUGUUGUGGAGACCGUGUUUGGGAGUGGUUUAGGAUCAAGAGGUGAGGAGCUGGGUUUGAUGGUUGAAGAAGGGUAUGAUUUGAUUACCAAAUUCUAUUUGGCCGAUCAUUUUGCAGGUCUAGGGUUUUUGGACUUUUAUGGGGUGAAGAGAAGGUGCCACAAACUGGCGUUAAAAGUCGGUGUUCUUAUUGCUCAGAUCAUCAGCGAGAAGAAAAAAGAGGAAGACAAUAAGUUGAGUGGAAAUAAUGAUUUUCUCAGCACUUUGCUCACUUUGCCCAAAGAGGAUCGGUUCUGUGAUUCAGACAUGGCCGCUGUUUUGUGGGAGAUGAUAUUUAGAGGCACAGACACAGUGGCCAUACUGUUGGAAUGGAUCAUGGCGAGGAUGGUUCUGCACCCGGACAUCCAAGCAAAAGCGCAACAAGAGAUCGACACGUGCGUUGGUGACCGACGGCAAGUGCGCGAUUCAGACAUUCCGUACCUUCCUUUCCUACAAGCCAUUGUCAAGGAGGCCCUGAGAUUGCACCCUCCGGGCCCAUUACUCUCCUGGGCCCGCCUGGCCGUCCACGACUGCCACGUCGGCAAAUUCUUCGUCCCUGCUGGCACCACCGCAAUGGUCAACAUGUGGGCCAUAGCCCACGACCCGUCCAUCUGGAGGGACCCGUGGGCCUUCAAGCCCAAAAGGUUCUUGGACGAGGAGGAGGGCUACGUUUCCAUUAUGGGCUCGGAUUUGAGGCUGGCCCCGUUCGGAUCGGGCCGGAGGGCGUGCCCGGGUAAGGCCCUGGGCUUAGCCAGUGUUCAUCUGUGGCUGGCACAUUUUCUGCAUCAAUUCAAAUGGGUUCCAGCCCAACCAGUGGAUCUUUCAGAGCGUUUGAGGCUCUCCCUUGAGAUGAAGAAGCCACUGGCUUGUCGUGCGAUUCCCCGACGUUAUUGUCCAUGACUUGCUUACCGGCCAAAAGGGAAAAUUAAUUAGUUUUCUAAGUUAUGGAUCGUAAUUGUGGUACGUGCAUGUUGUGUGUAUUUACGUAAGGUCACGAGUUUAGAGUGAUUAAGGUUAUCUUACUAUUAGUUUUACAUAUUUGAUGUAACGUGGAAGGAAUUAGUUGGUGUUAAAUGAGCUAGCUAAAUUCCUAACGAUAAUUAUCUCUAUAAUAUAAGAUUUGAAGGAAGGGAUAUAAAUUUAAUCAACAAUCAGUCAUUUUUUAUGUGAUAA